CCCAUGUUGCGUUUUCCGACCUGUUUCCCGUCCUUCCGGGUGGUGGGAGAGAAGCAGCUGCCGCAGGAGAUAAUUUUCCUGGUCUGGUCACCCAAGCGGGAUCUCAUCGCUUUGGCCAACACGGCGGGCGAGGUUUUACUUCAUCGACUUGCAAGUUUUCAUCGAGUUUGGAGUUUUCCACCCAAUGAAAAUACAGGAAAGGAAGUUACCUGUCUGGCAUGGAGACCAGAUGGCAAACUUUUGGCGUUUGCUCUUGCUGACACCAAGAAAAUUGUUCUGUGCGAUGUAGAGAAACCUGAAAGCUUGCACUCCUUCUCUGUGGAGGCCCCAGUGUCUUGUAUGCAUUGGAUGGAAGUGACUGCAGAAAGCAGUGUUCUAACAUCCUUUUAUAAUGCUGAGGAUGAAUCAAAUCUUCUCUUACCUAAACUGCCCACCCUGCCAAAAAAUUACAGCAACACCUCAAAAAUUUUUAGUGAAGAAAACUCUGAUGAAAUUAUUAAGCUUUUGGGAGACGUCAGGCUUAAUAUUCUUGUCCUCGGAGGAAGCUCUGGAUUUAUUGAGCUUUAUGCAUAUGGAAUGUUCAAAAUUGCUCGAGUCACAGGGAUCGUUGGUACUUGCCUUGCAUUGUGUUUAUCCAGUGAUUUGAAGUCAUUAUCAGUGGUCACAGAGGUUUCUGCUGGCGCUGCUUCAGAGGUCUCAUACUUCCAGCUUGAAACCAAUCUACUGUACUCUUUCUUACCUGAAGUAACUAGGAUGGCUAGAAAGUUUACUCACAUUUCUGCACUUUUACAGUAUAUAAAUUUGUCACUAACAUGUAUGUGUGAAGCAUGGGAAGAAAUACUGAUGCAGAUGGAUUCUCGUCUCACCAAGUUUGUGCAGGAGAAGAGCACAACCACUUCCGUGCAGGAUGAAUUCAUGCACUUGCUGUUAUGGGGGAAAGCAAGUGCUGAACUUCAGACCCUCUUAAUGAACCAGUUAACAGUAAAGGGCUUAAAGAAACUUGGUCAGUCUAUAGAGUCAUCAUAUUCCAGUAUACAAAAAUUGGUUAUAAGUCACUUACAGAGCGGUUCCGAGUCUUUAUUAUACCAUUUGAGUGAACUGAAAGGAAUGGCUUCAUGGAAGCAAAAAUAUGAACCUCUUGGACUAGAUGCUGCAGGAAUUGAAGAUGCUAUUACUGCUGUGGGUUCUUUCAUACUCAAGGCAAAUGAACUUCUUCAAGUUAUAGAUAGUAGUAUGAAAAACUUCAAAGCAUUUUUUCGCUGGCUUUAUGUGGCAAUGUUGAGAAUGACAGAAGACCAUGUGCUUCCAGAGCUGAAUAAGAUGACUCAGAAAGAUAUCACAUUUGUUGCUGAAUUUCUUACUGAACAUUUCAAUGAGGCUCCAGACCUUUAUAAUCGAAAAGGAAAAUACUUCAAUGUUGAAAAAGUUGGUCAGUACUUGAAAGAUGAAGAUGAUGAUCUUGUGUCACCACCUAACACAGAAGGAAACCAGUGGUAUGAUUUUCUUCAAAAUAGCAACCACCUUAAAGAAAGUCCUUUGCUGUUUCCUUAUUAUCCUCGAAAAUCAUUGCAUUUUGUGAAAAGGCGGAUGGAGAACAUUAUUGAUCUGUGCUUGCAAAAACCAGCAGAUGUCAUUGGAAAAUCGAUGAAUCAAGCAAUCUGUAUUCCAUUAUACAGGGAUGCUAGAAGUCAGGACUGUACACGCAGAUUAUUCAAAUUUCCUUUUCUGUGGAAUAAUAAAACCUCAAAUCUACAUUAUCUUCUUUUUACUAUUUUAGAAGAUUCACUUUAUAAAAUGUGCAUUUUAAGGAGACAUACUGAUAUUUCCCAAUCUGUAAGUAAUGGACUAAUUGCUAUUAAAUUUGGGAGCUUCACAUAUGCCACAACUGAAAAAGUGAGACGAAGCGCCUACAGCUGCUUAGAUGCACAGUUCUAUGAUGAUGAGACUGUAACAGUAGUUCUGAAAGACACCGUGGGACGUGAAGGGAGAGAUAGGCUUCUGGUCCAGUUGCCAUUAUCUUCAGUGUAUAAUAGCGAGGAUGCCUCAGAGUAUCAGUUCACGGGGGCUUACUCCACAAGGCUAGAUGAACAGUGCAGUGCUAUUCCCACACGUACCAUGCAUUUUGAAAAGCACUGGCGAUUACUGGAAAGUAUGAAAGCACAGUAUGUUGCUGGGAAUGGUUUUCGCAAAGUGUCCUGUGUGUUAAGCUCAAAUCUCCGUCAUGUAAGAGUAUUUGAAAUGGACAUAGAUGAUGAAUGGGAGCUUGAUGAAUCUUCGGAUGAAGAGGAGGAAGCCAGUAAUAAGCCUGUGAAGAUAAAGGAAGAAGUGUUGUCAGAGUCAGAGGUUGAGAACCAGCAGGCCAGUGCUGCCGCAUCCGCUCCAGAGAUAGUCAUCAAAGUGGAAAAACUUGACCCUGAGCUGGACUAGCUUGCCCUGAUUUUGUAUGUCCUCAUUAUGUCAGGAAGGAUAUGGGAGAUGGGUGAAGAUGUUUUGGAUCACUUUUAAUUUUCUUUGUAUAACAAAGAAAUAAACCAUACAUUUUAUUUUUCCUUA